AACGCAUUAAGCGAUAACAACCAAGGAAGGAAACCAGUGCGAAAGGCAAUAUAUUUUUUUCCUUCCUGGUUUGGGUGCUGUUUGGCAUGGCCUCCGGCGCCGCAGCAGAUGGUCUUUUCCGCCCGAUCUUCGAGGGCAGCAUCUCUGGCUAUGACCACUGCGUGGAGCGCCGGCCUUACCACCGCAAUUGCAGCUGCGCGCUGCAUAGCAAGUCCCGUAACGGAGGUGGCGCGUGCACCCACAAGCAGCCCUGGGGUAACAAUAUCUCGUAUCCGAUGAGGAGGGCGUGGAGUGAAGGGAGCUUGAUCAUGGUUGCUUCUUCUGUUCAUUCAUCUCCUUCUUCCUCUCCUGUUGCUGCUGCUUCCGCCUCCGUUGGACUCAGAAAUUAUCAACUGGGUGCCGUUUCCGUAGAUCUAGAAACUGGGGAACAACAUUACUAAGAUUAUUCUUAUAGGUUUAAUUAAUCUCAGGUUUCAUUUGACAACACACUAUUCUUUUUGUUUCCUUUCUUGCUUUUAAUUCUAACAUUGUUGAAUGCUAAUAAAAAAAUUACUCUUAUUUGUUUA